AUGAGCUUCUUCGCCUGCCGGAUCGCCCCAGGCGAGAAGGUCGCGCUUCCUUCCCGCGACCGCCCGUGGUGUCCCGGCCACAUCCUCCAGCUCAAGCACGCCGCGCUCAGCAAGUCCACGGGCAGUGCGCGGCUCACGGUGAGCUCGUGCAGCAGCCCUUCGCUCGUGCUGUGCUCGCUACGGCCGGGUUGCGAGCAGAGCUGCCUCGGUGUCGUCCUCGACGAGCGCGAUCUCGCCGCGCUCGAGGCCUCCGGCGAGUGCGCCAUCGACGUGGUUGGCGGCUGGGUGAGGGCGGGCUUCCCGAUUGGCUCAGAGUCGGAGGAGGAGUCCGAGGAGGAGGGGAUGGAGGAGGAGGAGGAGGAGGACCCGCUCAAGUGGCCAGCGUCGAAGGUGGAGGCGAUGCUGGCUCGCGCCGCCGCGGAUGAAGCGGCGGAGAGCGAGGAGGAGGAGGAGGAGGAGGAUGAGGGUGAGGAGGUGGAGGCGAGCGAGGACCGGCUGGUCGUGGUGAUGGCGGGCGGCAAGCAGGAGGAGGGGGAGGAGGAAGGGGUGGAGAGCGAGGGGGAGGAGGAGGAGGAAGGGGGGGAGGAGGAGGAGAGCGAGGGGGAGGAGGAGGAGGGGGAGGCUGAGAGCGAGGAGGAGGGCGAGGAGGGGAGCGGCGAGGAGAGCGGCGAGGACGGCUCCUCCGACGCGGAGGAGGAUGCGGCCCUGCGCGGGGCUCUCGACGACGACGAGAGCGAGGCCGGCGAGAGCGAUGAGGACGAGGAGGACUCCGCCGACGGCAUCUUCGACGAGAGCGGCCACGAGAGCGGCGACGAGAGCGGCGAGGAGGGCGAGAGCGCCGAGGAGGCGGGUGUGGCUGGCGGCAAGCGGGCGCAGCCAUCGGCUCACACUCCGGCGCGCAAGGCGGCGCGCCACGUCGACACGCCGCGGCCCGACUCGGAGGAUGAGGGCGACGACAGUGGCGACGACAGCGACGACGUGGGCCGCGCUGGCGGCUCUGGCGCGCGUGGCGGGAAGGGCGGCAAGGGGUCGCCCGGCGGCGGCGGAAAAGGCAAGGGAGGCAAGGGCGGCAAGGGCAAGGGCAAGGGCAAGGGGAAGGGCGGCAAGGGCGGCAAGGGGAAGGGCGGCAAGGGCGGCAAGGGUGGCAAGGGCAGCCCCAGGUGGUAG